AUGAUGAAGUUUGCCGCUGCCUCGCUCGCUUUUGCUGCUCUUGCGGUUGCUCAGAAUGACCCGUCUAUCAACUCUCCGGCCUCGGUUGUCCAGUGCCAACCCAUUCAGCUCUCUUGGACAGCAACCAAGGUGCCGGUCUACAUUUCGAUCAUUCCCGGUGGCCAACCCGGAGCCGCCCCAUUGCAUGACUUUGGGGUUCAAGAACCAAAUAAAAAGUCAUUGACCUGGACGGUGAAUCAGCCUGCUGGGACAGAUGUCACAUUCCAGAUUAAGGACGCUGAUGGCGCAGUAGCCUAUUCAGCUACCACACCUAUCCAAAACAGUAGCGAUUCUAGCUGUCUUAAAGGGGGGUCUUCGGCUCCGGCCCAACUCGCCCCAGGCACGACUGGCGCUUCAUCUUCAACCCAAGCCCCUCCACCCGCAACCACCCCCGCCGGUACCCCUCCAGCUGGAACCUCCACCUCCUCAGGAAACACUUCCACGCGUCCUCCAGCGACUGCCACUUCCGUACCUACCCCUAGUAGCACCAACGCUCCCGCCGCAAACGGCGCUCUCCCCAUCGCUCAAGCAGGAUGGACCGGCCUAAUCGGUCUCUUGGCCGCUCUCAUCGUUGCCUGA